CCUCCAUAAUAGUACAAAAGUUUUCUAUUUUGCUUUUCUUAUCUCAAUCACACAAGACAACUACAUAAACACAUCAAACCCAUCUCUUCUCCGAUCAUCACAAUCUCUAAACCUUAAAUACUAAAAUAAAUUAAAAGGAAUCUACGUUGAAGGAGAGAACAGAGAAGAAUGGGUCGCCAAAACGUUUUCGUAGUGUUUAGCCUCGUGUUCUUGGCCGUUCUUGGCCUCGCCGCAGCUGCCUCCUCUCCAUCUCCUUCAUCGUCACCCUCCAAAGCUCCUUCUACUCCCACAACCGAUGUCGAAGCACCAGUGUCCGAGGACACCAUUGGAACCACCGACGACGAUGCAGCUGCUUCUCCUGGUGAUGGUGACGUGGCUGUGGCUGGUCCUCUUGGAAGUGACUCCUCAUACGGUAGUAUUGCACCUUCAGGCCCAGCUGCUGACAGCGGUGCGGCGGCUCUUGGUGUCUCUGCGGUCGUCGUUGGUGUUACAUCCAUCGCCGGUUCUUUCUUGUUUCUCUGAGUUGUGUAGUAUCAUGAGAAAGAUAAGAUUAUAUUGAAUGGAGACUAUUUAUAUAUAUAUGGAUGAUUGUGAUGAUUAUGUUGUAAUUUGUUGGGAAAAUUGCCAAAACGGAACAUAAAAACAACAUAGUUGUCCCUAUGGUAUAAAAUCAUAUUUGUCCAUUUAUUCUCCUUUUUAUCCUUUCCAUUUCUGAAAUUUACUGAAAUAAAUAGUUUUAUGAAUCCAAAAAAAUAUUAAAAAUAUAAACAAUUAAUAAAACACUUAUAUAUACAAACACAUAUUUUUUUUUUGGUUAAAAAACUUGAUAAAUAAAAUUUUAAAAUUACGUUCCACUAAAAGUGGAAUUCGUCUUCCACGGAAAAUGGGUUAGUAGAAAACGAAUUCCAAAAUAAACAAGUCCAUCUACUUUUUUUAGAAGAAACAAUCUAAAAAUUAUUAAAAUUCUAAAUAUAAGGAAUGCGAAUUCUACUAAUUGUAAAUAUCACUACUUUUCUUUUGAAUGCAGUUUCUACUUUUAUGAAGUAUUCUAAAAUUUCGGGUAUGCGAAAUCUAAACUUAACACGAACGUCUACAAAAAGUAGAAAUUGUAUUCAGAAUUUUUGUCAUGGUUCUACACAGUGUAGAAAGUGCCUUCUACGGAUAAAAAAUCAGUUUUUUCCAAAAAUUAAGGAAGUUUCGGUUAAGAAAAUAUUCUAAAAAUAUUCUAAUUUCCUAAAACGUGUCCUGGUCGAUUUUCUUUGUCAAAAUAU